ACGGUUAUUAUCUGUGUGUCUGAACCAACUUCAUGAACACCCUCCUGAAAGCUCCUUCUCAUCUUCUCAAACACUCUGCAAAACCAAAAUCCCCUUAUGUCUCAUUCACUCUCAAACGUCGUCAACUACUCCUACAUCAACCCUCAAAACCUCUUUCUUUUGCCCCAAGAUUCUCUCAUCAUCCUCUCACCAACACUUCCAUUUCCAUGAACCUCACACCCCCUCCCUCCGUUGUUGUUUUAAUGUCUCUUCCAGACGUUGGGGUACCUUCAAGCUUGGUUGCACCUCCAUGGACCCUCUAGAUUUCUCAUCAUCGCUUCACUCUCCUUCUCAGAUUAUUAAGAAAAAGAAAAUUACUGGGCGGCAAAAGAGACAGGAACUUGAAAGAGAGGUUGCUAUGCUUCAAAGGCUGUUGGAGAAAGAAGAAAAGUUUCAUGAGAUUUUGGAGAUGGUGCAUAAUAGACCAAAUGGAUCGGCUAUAUCAAUUCCCAAUUUUCUUCCACCCAAGAUGAGAGAACUGUUAGGAGAGCUAGUGAUGGUUGAGAGUGAAAUUGCAAGACUAGAAAGCCAAAUAAGCCAACUUCAAGCUGGUUUGAAACAUGAACAAGAAGUGACCAAGGAAUCAAAGUCUAAAACGUGGAAUCAAGGGAAUUUGAGUAAUUCUAACAAUCACUUAUCAACUUCUCCGGUUCCAAAUCCUAGUCCUAUUCGCAGAAGUGUUCAAGAAAGGAUGGCCUUUGAAACAAAGGCGUUGCAUUUCAUAAGCAAAGCUAUAAAGGGUGAUUACAAUCUCAGUGAUUUCAGUCUAAAUGACAGAGCUUUUCUGAAAACUUCCGUAGAACAGAAAGAAAAUAAGUUCCAAGAAGAUGUGAAAUUUCAUGAAAGAAUUCCAAGAAAAAAUGGGACAGUAAAACCUCCCUCACCUAUGCGUGACCCACGUCAUCCAUCACCCAAGCUGCGGGAACGCAAUCCAGAGAUGUACUUGGAUCUUCCAACUAGAUCACUGUUGGAUCCACUUCUGUCAGAAGAGAAUGAUCUCAAGUGGCAACCCAACAAGCUAUCUGAGAGCAUCAUGAAGUGUUUGAAUUUCAUAUAUGUAAGACUACUCAGAACUUCAAGAGCAAUGGAAUUGGAGAAAUCAGGGCCAAUUUCAAGGUCUGUGCACUCUUCUUUAAGUUCAAGAAGCUUCAGGGUGGAUACUGGGUCAAUUCCAAAACCAAGCCUCUUGUUGCAAAAGGAAUCUAGGCAGCAAGACCCUUAUGGUAUCUUUAACACAGAAGAGUCCAUUCCAAGGGACAUUGGUCCUUACAAGAACCUGGUUAUAUUCACUUCCAGCUCUAUGGAUCCCAAGUUUAUCUCAAGUCCAUCCUCUAUACCAUUACUUAGGAAGCUAAGGAUCUUGAUGAGCAAUCUUCAAACAGUUGACUUGAAAAGCCUCACAAACCAACAGAAACUAGCAUUCUGGAUCAACGUGUACAAUGCUUGUAUCAUGCAUGGAUUUAUCCAAUAUGGAGUGCCAUCCACACCAGAAAAACUACUUGCACUGAUGAACAAGGCAACCCUCAAUGUAGGAGGCAACCUAAUAAAUGCUCAAGCAAUAGAGCAUUUCAUCUUGAGGAAACGAGAUAUUUCUAGCAUGAAAGAGGUUCAGCAUAAGGGUGAGUGGGAAGAGAAAGAAUCAGUUGUUCGUGAACUUUAUGGACUUGAGUCUGUUGAUCCUAAUGUCACAUUUGCUCUGUGUUGUGGAACUCGUUCUUCUCCUUGUGUGAGGAUAUACACGGCAGAUGGAAUUACAAGUGAAUUGGAGAAAUCAAAACUAGACUAUCUUCAAGCUUCAAUUCUAGCCACUAGCACCAAAAGAAUAGGAUUUCCAGAGCUUCUUCUCAUGAACAUGCUUGAUUUUGCUGCAGAUAUAGAAUCAUUGGUGGAGUGGGUAUGUAGCCAGUUACCCACAUCAGGCACUCUAAGGAAAUCAAUGGUGGAUUGCUUCAGAGGCCACAAUAAUACUAAUUCUGUGAAGAUUUCUACCAUUGUUGAAAAGAUACCCUAUGACUAUGAAUUCCAGUAUUUGUUGACAAUAUAAAUGUACAUUGUAACACUUCUUUUGUUAGCCAAUAAAACUGAGUAUACAAAACAUAAAGGAAAAUU